AUUCUAAUAAUUUGUAUCAUGUAAAUGAAUUUAUGUUAUGCACAUCUUUUAAUUUUAUGGAGAAGAAAUAACACAAUGGACAAAACUACAAAUGGCAUUGCAUUGUAAAGAAUUCUAUGAAGCCGGCUACAUUUGAGAUUUGUUGUACAUAUUGAUAUUGAAAUACAAUAAGACAAGAAUUUGAUUCUAUAAUUUAAGUGAUUAAAUUCUCAAACAUUCUCUUGUCAUAAGGAAAAACAACACAAAAAACAAACACAUUCCCUUAUUGAUGCAUAACUCCCUGAUGCGAUUUCGAGGAGAAUUCACCUUAUAUGCUCCAUAGAUUUCUUGGUUAAGAGGAUAAAUAUUUUAGUUUGUGUCUGAUCUCUUACCCUUAAGUAUGUGGUCGAAGAGAAUUCACCUUAUGUGCUCCAUAAAUUUCUCGACAGAGACUAGUAUUGUUAACGACAGUAAAAAUUUCAUACCAUAAGUCCAUAACCAAAAAAAUGAUUUGUUCAUGUUCAGUACUUCAGUCUCUUAGUUUGCACCUGUAAUGCAGGGUCCUAGCCCGCCACCGGCUGAACUUCGUUAAGCCCUUCCGCCGUGAGAACCACCCUACACCCAAAACCUCGCCACCACCUUCUAACAAUGAUAUCAAAACGCCUCCUUCACUCUUCUCAUCCCACCUUUUCUAUUCACUCCUUUCAUCUUUCUUCAUCUGCUUCUUCUUCUUCAACUCCCCUUCUCGAAUCCCUUUCUCAGUUCCAUCGUUCCCUCGAAAACUACCCCAAUUCAGUACCCUCUUAUUCAUCUUGCAACACUCUCAUAGACAACCUACGAAAAGCAAAACACUACGACCAUGUAAUCUCUGUUCAUUCAAAAAUGGUCAGUGUCUCUGUUUUCCCCUGUUUUACUUCUUUAUCUACUUUGAUUGAAAGUUUUGUCAAUACCCAGAACCCAAGUUUUGCUUUUGGCGUUCUGGGGUUGAUUAUAAAGCGUGGUUUUCAUAUAAAUGUGUAUAAUUUUAACCUUUUGUUAAAGGGUUUUUGUCAAAGUAGUUAUUGUGACAAAGCUAUGGAUUUGUUUUAUAUGAUGAAGAGGAAUUAUGUGGUUCUUGAUAGGGUUAGUUAUAAUACGGUUAUUAAUGGACUUUGUAAAGGUAAGAGAUUUGUUGAAGCUAAGGAUUUGUUUGAGGAGAUGAAGGUUGGAGAUUGCAAGCCGAAUUCGGUUACGUUUAGUGCUUUGAUUGAUGGUUUUUGUAAGGAUGGGAUGGUUGAGGAGGGUUUUGGUUUGUUGGAGGAUAUGGAGAAGAUGGGUUUGGAGGCUGAUGUGUUUGUGUAUAGUUCUUUGAUUAGUGGAUUUUGUAAUAAAGGUGAUAUUGAGAGGGGGAAGGAACUUUUUAGUGAGAUGUUGAGGAAGAAUGUUACUCCUAAUGUUGUUACUUAUAGUUGUUUGAUGAAUGCUCUUUGUAAGAAACAAAAGUGGCAAGAAGCCUCGAAAAUGUUGGAUGAUAUGACGGCUUGUAAGGUUCGUCCUGAUGUUGUUGUGUAUACGGUUUUAGUUGAUGGGCUUUGCAAAAAUGGGCGUGCGUCGGAUGCGAUUAAAGUAUUGGAUUUGAUGGUUCAAGAAGGGGAAGAGCCGAAUAAUGUAACAUAUAAUGCUAUCGUAAAUGGACUUUGUAAGGAAGGUCGGGUAGAUGAUGCACUUAGGAUUCUUGAAACUAUGGCGAAGAAGGGGAAGAAACCUGAUGUGGUUACCUACAAUACAUUAGUGAAAGGACUAUGUGGAGUUGGAAAAAUUGAUGAGGCAAUGGACCUUUUGAAUCUGUUGAUGAGCAAUGAGUUCCAUAUGAAACCCGAUGUCUUUGCGUUUAAUUUGGUAAUUCAAGGACUUUGCAAAGAACGGCGUCUUCGUUGUGCCAAAAGGGUCUACCAUACAAUGGUUGAAAGGGGGUUCUCGCGUAACAUAGUAACUUAUAAUAUUUUGAUUGACGGUUAUCUAAGCGCUGGAAAGCUUACCAAGGCAUUGGAAUUAUGGAAGGAUGCAUUAGACUCGGGAUUUUCCCCAAAUUCAAUGACCUAUACUGUCUUGAUUAAUGGUUUUUGCAAAAUGCAAAUGCUAAGUAUUGCAAAAGGACUUUUCAAUAAAAAAAGAGCUUCUGGAACUAGACCGACAGUAAGUGAAUACAAUACACUAAUGUUAUCCUUGUGCAAAGAAGAUAGUUUGGAGCAGGCUAGGAGUUUAUUUCAAGAAAUGAGAAACGCGAAUCACAAUCCUGAUGUUGUCUCGUUUAAUAUAAUCAUCGACGGAACCCUCAAAGCUAGAGAUAUUAAAUCAGCCAACGAAUUGUUAUUGGAGAUGGUUAACAUGAAUUUGGUCCUCGACAAUAUUACAUUUUCUAUAUUAAUAAACAGGCUCUUAAAACUUGGGCAGUUGGAUGAGGCCACGACGCAUUAUGAGAGAAUGGUCUCUUGUGGUCACAUACCAGAUGCUGUGCUAUUUGAUUCUUUGCUAAAGGGAUAUAGUUCAAAGGGAAAGACAGAAAAAGUUGUUUCCAUGCUUCAACAAAUGGCUGAUAAGAACGUUGUUCUGGACUCAAAAUUAACUUCAACAAUCUUAGCUUGCCUAUGUAACAUGUCAAAAGAUCUUGAUAUAAAGAAGAUACUUCCAAAAUUUUCACAACAUACAUCUGUAGCAGAAAACAUUAAAUGUAAUGAACUUUUGAUGAAACUGAAUAAGGUUCAUCCAGAGCUUCAAUUAUUUAUUGCGUGAUGGUUUUUGUUUACAUGAAUGUGAUGCCUUGGCGUUAUUAUGUAAGUUUUGUUUUGUCUUUUCAUUAAAUUAGUCGUGUUCCAUGUUUUAUCUAUUUAUAUUGCUAGGUUAAAUAGCCAAAAUUGUCAAGAUGGUUUGGUUUCAUUCCUGAUUGCCUUAUGUCUAAUGCUAGGACACUUUUUUUUUGCUUUUCUAUAAAUACAGAUUGUCAUUUUUUUUACAAAUUAUGUAUGUUGACUCAACCUGUGAGAAUAUUAUUGCCAUAAAGAUUUUGUGAAUUA